GGCGUUUGUAACGUGGGCUAGUAGGUCAGGAUCGUGACCACAGACUCAAUAAAUACCUGGGACAGAUUAGCACACCUGAUUCCAUUUUACGUGAGUCAAGAAUCAUGUCGCUCCUAUACGCUCUCCUCCUUGUGCUCCCGGCCUUGACCUUGGCCCAGAAUGACGCCCUCUUCAACCAGACGGCCACGGCCAUGUUUCACGACGUCGACGUCAACAAUGACCACAUCGUGGACAUCAACGAGGUCCAUCUGAGCUUCCAGAAAUACGACACCAACCACGACGGCAGAAUCACCAGACACGAGUACACCACCUACGUCGCCUCCCACACCCCCGAGCUUCUGGACGUCGCCCACUCCAUCUACGACGUCUACGAUGUCGACGGUGACCACCAUCUCGACCAGCACGACUUCGACAACUUCUACGGCCUCAUGGAUGGGGACGGCAGCGGCACGGUCAGCGAGUUCGAAUUUGUCAGAUACUGGAUUAUUUUAUUCCACGACAUUGACCAAAUUCACGGUUAAAAUGUUUGAAUUAUUUCAAGCAUGAAAGUCGAUUUCUGUGAUUGAAGCAGAGAAAACGAGAUGUAGAUCUACAAUAUGAUUUUUUUUUACUGAUAUUAAAUAAAAUCUUUUAUCAGAAUUUUGAAAAA